ACGAUAUUCAUAAAAACAUUUCAUUAAUAAUUAUUAAACUUUUAAAACACAUGAAUAUAUACUUAUAUAUAUUGUUAAAAAUUAUUAAAUAUGAAUGAAUCUCAAAAAAUACAAUAUUUGAUUGUUGAUACAAGUGCCUUCAUUCGAAAUGCAUCUUUACAGGAUAUUGGUGUUAACAUAAUAACAGAACAAGAUGUAGUGAAUGAGGUUACAAAUAAAAGGCAAUUAAGAAGAUUAGUUGUCUUACCAUAUGAUUUAAAAAUAAAAAAUGCAUAUUCUGAAAAUAUUAAAUUUGUUACAGAAUUCGCUAAAAAAACUGGUGAUUAUACUAGUUUAUCAGCAACUGAUAUAAAAAUAAUUGCAUUAACAUAUCAGUUAGAAAAAGAAAAAGUGGGAAUUAAUCAUUUAAGAACAGAGCCAACAAUUGCACAAACUAUAAACUCUAAUAUUGAAAAAGCUGUGGAUUUUCGUACAUCUUUAGCUGGUUUUUAUAUUCCAGAAAAAAAAUUAAAAAUAAAAAAAUCUUUUGACGAAGAAAAUAAUAAAGAAAAAAUGGAAACCAAUAAUAUAAAGAAUAUUAAUCAUGAAGAAAAAAAAGAAGAUGAAAUUGAAUCAAAUUAUAUCGAAUCUUCUACUGGUGUUGAUUAUAAAACAGCAUAUUCUGUUAUAGAUCAAAACAGAAUAGAAAAUUUAUCUAUCAAAUUUUCAAAAUUAACUUGUGAAUUAACAAGAUUUGUUGUUCAAGAUAAAAAUAAUAUUAAACAUAAUAUUGAUGAUGAUGAUGAUGAUGAUGAUGAUGAUGAUGACGAUAAUGGUUGGAUUACUCCUGGAAAUAUUUAUAAUAUAAAGAAAGAACUUGAUUCAGAUUUUCUUGAAGAAAAACCUGUAAUUGUUGCUUGUUUAACAAUGGAUUUUGCUAUGCAAAAUGUUUUAAAACAAAUAGGAUUAAAUGUAGUUGCAUUAGAUGGAAAAAUAAUUAAACAAAUGCGAACAUACAUUCUUAGAUGUUAUGCAUGUUAUAAAACUACUAGUAUUAUGACGAAAAUUUUUUGUCCUAGUUGCGGUAAUAAAACAUUAAAAAGAGUCGCAAUUACAUUGAAUGAAGAAGGAAAACAAAAAAUUCAUAUUAAUUUCAAAAAACCAAUUUCAAAAAAAGGAAAAAGAUUUUCUUUACCUAUGCCAAAAGGUGGCAAACAUGCAAACAAUCCCAUUCUUUGUGAAGAUCAACCAAUUCCAGAUCAAAAACCAACACGAUUAGCACGCAUAAAAAAUAAUCCUUUACAAGAUGAAAACAUAGCUGAAUAUUCUCCAUUUGUUAUGCGUGAUGUAUAUUCAAAAUCAGCUAUGUUGGGCAUAAGGGUAAAAAAUCCUGUUAAAUAUUGGAUGCAAAAAAAUCCAAAUGAAGUUAGAAGAAAAAGAAAAUAAAUAAUUUUAUCUUUGAAUUUAUAUUUGAAUAAUAAAAAAAUAUAAAUAUUAUAUGUAUAAUAUAUAAUCAUAUAUAAUAAAUCAUUUUUUUUUUUGAAUAUAUAAAUUAAGUAUAUAAAUAUUGAAU